AUGGACGUGCCCAGCGAAACCAACGACCAGAACAACAUGGAUGACGCUGCUGCCAACGCUGUAGAGGCAGGUGAUAGGGAAAAUCUCGAGGGGGCGAUUGGCUCAUCGGCAGAAAACAACCAGGUGCGAGAGGAUGGGCAAGAGGAAGAGAACGAAGAAGAAGAAGGCGAAGAAGAUGCGGCCGACGAGGUAAAAGAGGAGGACGAGGAAAGCGAACAAAGUGAAGAAGAGGAGGAGGAGGAAGAGGAAGGUGGGGCAAGCGAUGAGGAAAACGAUUAUGAAGCGCAGCGGCAGCGCAACAUCGAACGCAAUCAGGCCAUGCUGCGCCAGCUGGGUCUCCUCGUCGACCCCUCGGCCAUGGCCGUACCCUUCGGCACCUCUCCCUCCACCUCGACUGCAACCACCGCCUCCUCCACAUCUUCAUCUUCAUCAGCCCUGCUGCCCUUGUCCGACGCCGCCCCCGUGGCCGCCGGGUUCUCCCUGCAGACCCCCAAGCGCAAGUACAAGCCCCGCCAAAAGCGGAACGUCGACACCCCCACCCGCACCUCGUCUCGCCUCCAGACCAAGUCGAGGCGGUCGUAUGCCGAGAACUCGUUCUUCAAGACCCUCCCACCAGAAGAACAGGCUCAGAUACUGGCUGCGGAGAAGAAGGCGAGGAAGAAGGCGCGACGGGAGCGGGAGAAGGAGGACGCGGAGGAAGCCGAGGGCGAGGAGACCGAGGAGCAGAGGAACGCGCGCAACUCCAACAAGUGGAUCGGGUCCCGCCUCUACGACUCCGACCGUGGCAUCACCUGCCACCAGUGCAGGUGUACGGUGGACGAGAAGACGACGUGCGCCAAUGAGUUUCGGAUUCACACGCCGGCGCGCCAUCACUACUGUCGGCGGUGCCUGUGGAAUCGCUACGGCGAGGCCCUCGACGAGGUGCGCAAGGACCCCGUCUGGCUCUGCCCUUCGUGCCGGGGCGUAUGCAACUGCUCCUUCUGCCGGAAGAAGCGCGGGCAGGCGCCUACGGGAGUGUUGGACACGGCCAUUCUCCAGAAGUACUCGUCGGUGGCCGAGUACCUGCAAAAGGAUCGCCAGGAGAAGCCUGCGGUCUCGGAGGAGGAGCUGAAGAAGAUGAAGGAGAACAUCGAAAAGGAGAUCAAGGAGGGCAUCCGACCUUCGGCGCCCAUCACCACUUCCGCCUCCGCGCAGGCGGAGGAAAUCAGUGCAGAUCUGAAGGGUGACCUGUACUACGUGGAGGCCAUUGUUGAGCACCGGUCGACACCGAGGGGACUCGAGUAUCUCAUCAAGUGGCUGGGCUAUGGCUACGAACUCAACACGUGGGAGCCCGCCGCCCACCUCAACUGCCCUCACCUCAUCAAGGAGUACCACAUCCGCAACAAGCUGCCGCUUCAUGCCAAGCGUGGGCGGAAGAAGAAGAUCGUGGACGAUCCCCCCGCCAACGCGGACAAGGAGGAGAAGGAGAAAGGGAAGGAAGAGGACGAAGGUGAGGAGGAAGAAGAGGAGGAGGAGAAGGUAGCGGAAUGGCAGACGCGCCGACCUGGCAGGCCCAAGGGCCGUGGGCGAGGGCGGCCCAGGCUGGUGGUGGGUACUGGCAGAGGACCCCGCCGCUCGGACGGCGCCGGCGAUGACGAGGACGGCAGCGGCGCGGCUGAUGCCACGACGACGACGACGACAGCCGAGCAGCGCGCGAAUGCCAAGAAGAAGCGGAAGGCCAAGGAGGUGCUGCCCACCCAGGCAACCAAGAAGACGAAGACGACCAAGACAUCGGCAAAGAACGAAGACGACGAGGAGAACGAAGACGAGAAGAAGACGAAGACGAAGGGGAAGAAGAAGGCGAAUACGAAGGUGGCGAAGGCUUCGAAAGCGAAGGGCGGCAAGGCGGCCGCGACCAAGAAGGGCCCCAAGGGCACCAAGAAGGAGGCAGAAGAGGCGAAACAGGAUGUUCGGAAGAGCCCGAGGCAAAAGCAGGAAGCCCAGCCCGAGGCCUCGAAGGCAGCAGUCGGCCGCAAGUCGCCGCGGCUGGCCAAGCGGGUUCGCGGAGGUCGAGCCGACGAGGAGGCAGAGCCGGUGAUGGCGAAGGCCGCCGCCAAGCCGACCGGCGGAAGGAAAAGAAAGAAGGCGGAGAGCGACGGAGAGGAGAAGGAGGAGAAGGAAGAAGAGAAGGCGGGAAUGGAGGAGGACGAGCGACCGAAGACGCUCUACUGGGACGAGCCGGUGGAGAAGGGCAAGAGGCGGCGGAGCGCGCCCAUACUCCUGUCGGACAACUUCAUCAUCCUGGGCAACGGCGAGGUGCGCGGAGAAGCGCAGCGGGCGAACGCCAGGAAGUCAACAUCAACGACAUCGACAACAGGAAAGUCCAAUGCGAAGGCUGCAACAGAGAAAGAGAAGAAGAAGGAGAAAGGCAAGGAGAAGAAGAAGACGCGGAAGGCGAGUACCACGAAGGAGAAGAAGGGCGAAGCCACCAAACAGAAGAAGACGAAGAAGAACGAAACGAAGAAGCAGGGCAAGGCAAAAGAAGAGAAGAAGAGGAAAGCAAAAAGCGAUGAGGGCGAGAAGGUGCGGCCCGAAGGCGAGGAGAAGGACAAGGACGAAGAGGAGCCGGAGCGACCGCUGUACUGGGACACGGCGGUGCCGCGCAAGAGGCAGCGCAACCCCAACAUGGCCUACUUCACCGACUUCCUGCUACACAGCGGCCCGCCUAGCGCUAAGAAGAAGCGCAAGUCUUCGCCACCCUCUCCAGCCAAGUGA